AUGACUGCCACUGACCGGCCGGGGACAUCGUUUACCGAUCAAUCAUCCUUGCGGAAUCCUAGUGUGUCGCAGGAUCACGCCGCAUUGGACACUGCUGCACCUGUGCCUGAAGUGCACCCAGAGACCCCCAGAAAUGGAGCUGCGCCAGAAGCCCUUGGGCUCGCUAAUAACCAUGUCAAUCAGCCACAGGUUGAUUCAGAAGGGUUCACCCAGCGACCUGCAACCAUUGACGAGAUCACGCGUGCGCAGAACGAGGCAGCGGGCCUAGAUGAAUCUGGACUGAAUUUGACGAUUCGGGAUCAGCCCAUUUUCGAGGAUGAGAGCCAAGCGAAGCAGGCCAUGGAUGAUAUGGCAAAUACCCUCCGAAUGAGGGCUCCGCAGACAGGAAUGAGACGCAAUGCAGGCACCAUUCGCGGACGCCGUGAUGUUCGCAAUACAGUGUUCGUUGCUUCACCUGGCAAUGAGCUUCCGCCAUCUUCGGCAGGAUCAGAGUCUCAGCCACCAACCUCGCCAAUCAGGCACAUAACCUCCCCCAGCAUUGCCCCCAGCACUGCUACCGAUGAUCACACUUUAUCGGAUACCACCUCGGUUCGCUCCGGACACGCUACGCCUGGCCCGGGAGCUUCGGUCCAUCCUGAUCUAUACGAAUCGGGACUGAAUGCUUCAGUCAUUGAAACCAUCAAUGCGUGGUUUUCAGAGGGCAACGUUACCAAGUCUUUCGUUGUUGGUGAGCUUGCCCUAGCAAACAACCCUACACCUGGUACUGCGGUAGACCAUACACGCAUCCGACUCGACAACUUCCAAGUGCUGGAAAAGGUAGCCGCCAAUCCUCACUUCGUACAGGAGGUUUCCACAGAUGCUGGCGAUGACAAGAGAGGCGAAUACGAUAUCCAGCUGGGCAGCAUUUCCCGCCCCAUGCCGACAGUCGCAUUUAAAUAUCAACUGCAUAUCGAUCCAGCCAAUCCCUCCGCCUACUGCCCCGUGAUAUUCAAGCCAGUCUGGAACAUAGAAGAAUCACAGGCGAGCGCCAUCAUCUACUAUACGCUCAACCCAUCCUUCCUCUCCCUCACAGCCGAGUCAGUUAUCCUCAAGAACCUAGUCUUGACUAUCAAUUUGGAUACAGCCACCGAGGAUAAAACUACCAAGCAGCCGCGUGAGUCAGUCGCCCACGCCAUCAGCGCCGCCAUGUACCCCAAUACAGGCGCCACCUUCCGUCGCAAAACCUCUACCGUCACUUGGAGAAUCCCAGAGCUGGAAGUCAAGGCCCCCACAACCCCAGGCGCAGACAGCAAGUUCCUUGUCCGCUUCGUGACGUCCACCCCCGGACCUCGCAAGGGUACGGUCGAAGCAAAGUUCGAGCUCCGUGGCGCUGAAUCCUCUUCUCAGCUUGGCAUUAGCCGUGCUGCAUCAGACGCAGAGCAGAGUGAAGCUGACCCUUUCGCCGACGAGGGGCGUGAGUCCCCGCUGUCCACGGUUUCAUGGCUGGGCGUCCCGACUACACGCAAGCUGAUCGGUGGAAAGUAUGUCUCUUCCUAA